AUGUCCUCACGCGAAGCAGAGCGUAUCAGCUCCGCGCAGCAGACCCUGGACAGUAAGAAUAUCGCCUUUAUAACGAAUGUUGUGUAUGACGCAGUUUUUGUUACAGUUCUUCACGAAAUCUCACAGCUUUUGAAUACGAAACUUGACCGAGAGACGCUGACGACAUGCGUGAGGAUGAUAGAAAGCGGUGUCAAUCCUGAAGCACUGGCGGCUGUGAUCCAGGAGCUUCGACGAGAGAGUUCUGCAUUGGACCCUAGUUCUAUUUCUCGGUAA